GCUAUUAAAGUCAUCCCUGAAUUGGAAAAAACUCGUCAUACGAGUAUACUGAACAAACAAAAUCCAUUGAUACAGCAUCAAUUUCUGCUCGCUUGAUGGAUACACAAGAUCACAAGUGUUGCUCAAGCGAUGGCAAAAAAGAAGAAACAAGUCACAGAAUUCGCUACCUAUUAGAGGAUGAGAUGCCGCAACAGAGCAAGAAAAAGCUAUGGAAGGAAGUCCGUCAGAUUAUUUCUCCUACCGAUCUAAGAACAUUGCAAUGGCUUACGGAGAAAACUCCAAUCCAGGAGAAGACACGGAAACCAUAUCACAGAUCUGUCUUAGUGCAGCGUUCCAGUGAUCAAGCCGAUUUUCCACCACAACAGCAGCAGCAAGACGAUCGGAAUCAUCCUCAACAGUCGAAGACGUAUCGCAAGAAUUAUCAGAGUUCCGCCAAGCAGCAGCAGUUGCAAAAGAAUAAGGAUCGGUAUCCAAGACCUUCUCCGACGCCCUUUCAGCAUCAUUCAGAAGAGCAGUACCCAAAGACUACGUAUCAGCAUCAAAAUCCUUCUCAAGAGCAGCGGCAGCAUUCACAACAGCCGUACGAUGAUCAGACUGAACAAAAUCCUGCCAAAAUGAUGCAGUGCAAACAGCAGACGAAAUACCAGAAUGCUCCUACGAAGGACUAUCCUCCACAGAAGCCGUCUGAAGAACAAUUCCAGCAACAGCCAGUGGACGUGAAUCGGCCGUCUCCGUAUCAUAAAUCUACAAAGAAGCAUUCGCAUGGGAAUCGUCACACGGAAAACCAGACAGAGGAUGAUCGCCAGAAUCCCUCCAAGAUGAUGCAGCGAAAUCUGCAGACAGAAUACGAGAAAGCCCCUAAGAUGGAUCCGUAUGAGGAUCAUACUCAGAAGCCGACUCAUAAUCAGUUCAAACAGAAACCACCGGAGGAGUAUCGGGUGUCUCCGUAUCAAAAUUCUACCAAGAAGCAUUCCCAUGGACGCCUUCAGAAUAUGCAGCACCAGAUAGCCCAUAAGAAGGAUCCGUAUGAGGAUCAUCCUCAGAAGCCGUGUCAAGAUCAGCUCAGGCAGCAACCACCGGAGGAGCAUCUGGUGUCUCCGUACCACAAUUCUACAGAGAACCAUUCGCAUGGAAGCUCUCAGAAUAUGCAGCAGUCUGCACAACAGUCAUCUGAAGAGCAGCCUUCUAAAAAUCUUGACAACAUGAUGCAGAAAAAUCUGCAAACGGAAUACCAGAAAGCCCCUAAGAAGGAGCUGUAUGAGUAUCACCCUCAGAAGCCGACUCAUGAUCAGUUCAAGCAGAAACCACCGGAGGAGUAUAUGGUGCCUCCGUAUCAACAUUCUACCAAGAAGCAUUCGCAUGGACACUCUUCAAAAAAGCUAUAUGAUGAGCAGCCUCCUAAAAAUCCUGAAAAGAUGAUGCAGCAAUGUCGGCAGACGGAAUACCUGAUAGCCCCUAAGAAGGAUCCGUAUGAGGAUCAUCCUCAGAAGCCAUGUCAAGAUCAGCUCAGGCAGCAACCACCGGAGGAGCAUUUGGUGUCUCCGUACCACAAUUCUACAGAGAAGCAUUUGCAUGAAAGCCCUCAGAAUAUGCAGCAGUCUGCACAACAGUCAUCUGAUGAGCAGCCUCCUAAAAAUCCUGAAUACCUGGAAGCCCCUAAGAAGGAGCCGUAUGAGGAUCAUGCUCAGAAGCCGACUCCUGAUCAAUUCAAGCUGAAACCACCGGAGGAGCAUGGAGUGUCUCCGUAUCACAAUUCUACAGAGAACCAUUCGCAUGGAAGCUCUCAGAAUAUGCAGCACUCUUCAAGAAAGGUUUAUGAUGAGCAGCCUUCUAAAAAUCCUGACAAGAUGAUGCAGCAAAAUCUGCCGAAGGAAUACCAGAAAGCCCCUAACAAGGAUCCGUAUAAGAAUCAUCCCCAGAAGCCGUGUCAAUAUCAGCUCAGCGAUGAUGGUUCCCCAAAGCCAAAGAUGCUUUGUAAGAACACGGACGUGAUGGACUUUGACAAAGAUUUGAAAGGACUUGAUAAAAACUCAUCACACAAAUACAUGGAAUAUGCCCCUAAACUGUGUCAGAGUCCACCGCAUCAGACGAAUCGGAAUAUUUUUCAUAAGCACAAACAGGAGCAUUAUCAAAUGAUGUCACCGUCACGUCCGAAGGUCGGAAAACAGCAAGCUAAGCACAUCCAAUUGUCGCCUCCUCAUCAAUACAGUUGUCUACUUGAGCCGGAUAAGUGGGGCAGAGAGAUUGGUGGGGAACUUCUCGCUAAGAACUCGGACAUUCUUACAUCAACAUCCUUGAGCGAGAUCUCCGAGAAGAAUUGCGAAGAUUCCACUGUAAAACAAGAACGAUAUAACAAAUGCGGAAGGUGUAGUGACGAGAACGGCACGAACAGCACCUCCAAGGGAUCGACAGUGUUCGGUGAACUGUCUGAUACUGUGGUCUCUCAUUUGAAGGACUAUUUGUGCGGGCUGUCAACAACUGACAGUGUUCACCCGCCCAAGAGCCAGUCUAAGGAUAGCCAAUGUACAAAUGCACCCAAGAAUUCAGCCAUAGAUAAUGUCCUGGAUACCAAGAAGCAGGAGUCAUAUCGAACCCAAAAGAAAGCAUCGUUCGGCAAAGGCAUACCCAAAGCUCAAGAAGUUCUUAUGCCGAAUGCCAGAGAAAAUUCCGGAGAGUUCCAGUCUAUGAGCACACUGUACAAGAGCAUGGAGUAUGUUCCUAAACAGGGUUUGCUUCAGUAUCCUACUCAGCGUACGUCUCAGGAUCUUAUCAAGGAGCAGACACAGAAGUCGUAUCGGCGCGCUUCAUAUCACAAGAACCAAAAGCAACAUUCCUAUCGUACCUUCAAGCUGGAGGCAAAACAGAACUCUCAACAGAAGCAGCCUCCAAAUCAGCAGAUCUCGGACUUUCCUCCAUUCGCAUGCUUCAGCGAUACGCCUAAGGAUGAUUCCGAAGAGUCUAAUUUCGAAGUGGAUAAGAAGACACUCAACAAGCUCAUGGAAGGUUCCCCAAAGGACAAACUCAAACACACACUGUCCGGUGACGAGCAUGAUGUGUUUUCCAUGGCUAGUAGCAACUCGGUAUCGACUUCGAUCAGUGCGAAGAGCGGGGACGAGCUGCGUGCCAUGAUCUGGCACGAGAUGAAAUUGCAGUCGGUGCUCGGUGAUCAAAAAUCCACGUCGUCAAAGCCGCGAUAUAAGGAUGUAGAAGAGAAUGUGUCCAUCUUUUUAAACUUGAGUCAGCCCAGAGAUGACGGAAAUCAGGAUAUCAAGGAAGCAAUGUCCAAACAUCCAAACAUCGCUUCCCUCCCGAAUUUGGCCAUAGAUGUUAAUGCGCCCACCACUGAUUCAAGUAAGGGAUCAAAAACAGAUGAGCUGCCACAAAUCAAGUGCAGUAUGAGUAUAGAUGAUUUAGUGAACUGCAAGGUCAUCACUCCCAUGAUCAUGAAGAUACACAACAGGUAUAUGACCUCUAUGCAGGAUGCGAUGCAGCUCAUGAAGUAUCUGGAGACGAUGCCGCGCCUUGUCGGUCAGAUUUACAAGGACAACAUCAAGUUGGAAAAGAGGAAACUCUAAAAAUGAUGAAAGUCACUUUUGAUUCUAUGAUACCUCUUUAUAUAUUUUAUAAUUAUUGCAUUAAAUAACAAAAUUUCACAAAACCAAGUAGAAAUCUC